AUGUUGAUAAAACCUCCAGGAUUCGUUUUUCAGUUCAAGAGGCUGCAAUCUUCAUACGCCCUAUCGAAAUGCAUUAAUGAAAUCUUCAAAGAUCCCCCUUUUAAAUCUCAGACCACGGUGAACGGUUGGGUAAAAGGUGUGCGAGUUCAAAAGAGAAUCGCAUUUAUAGAUAUCAGUGAUGGGACAUCAUUUCAAAAUCUGAUGUGCGUAGUUCCACCAGACCAGGCAAAGGAGUUGAGGACUGGUGUCAGCGUUCAAGUCACUGGUGAGAUUAAGGAAAGUAACGGUAAAAGUCAAUCUAUCGAGCUCAAAACAACUGAUCCUGAUAGUGUCAAGGUAUUAGGUCCAGUUUUAGAUUCUUAUCCGUUGCAAAAAAAAUUUCAUUCUCCCCAGUUCUUGAGAACGAUUCCCCACUUGAGAUGGAAAACUCAAUUUCUAUCUUCGAUAUUACGAUUUAGAUCUCAUGUGGAAAUGAAGUUGAUGGAAUUUUUCACCCAGGAACAAUUUACUAGAACUCAUCCCCCUUUAAUAACAUCGUCUGAUUGUGAAGGUGCUGGAGAAUUAUUCAAAAUUGAAAGUGCCUCUAGAGCUGACAUAGAAAACAAGUUUUUUGGUAAAGAUAGUUAUUUAACUGUCAGUACUCAAUUGCACUUAGAAGUACUUUGUAUGGCUCUUAGCAGAGUGUGGACCUUAACUCCUUGCUUCAGAGCUGAAGAAAGUGAUACCCAUAGACAUCUUAGUGAAUUCUGGAUGCUAGAAGCAGAAAUUGCCUUUAUUUCGGAUGUCAGACAGCUCACUACGUUUUGUGAAAGAAUGAUAAAACAUGUCGUGAACUCUUUGCAUCAAGAUUUGGAAGGUCAAGGUUCCAACUUGAUUAACUCAAGGCGUGACCAGGAAUUCGUCCACAAAAUGAUUGAACGAUGGGAUCAACUAUUGAAUGGUAAAUGGAAGACUAUUACUUACACUGAAGCUAUAGAUAUACUGAGUGCAGAGAGUUCCAAGGGAAAUAUCUCCUUCCAAUUUAAGCCUGCGUGGGGAGAACCGCUUCAAUCGGAACACGAAAAAUGGCUAACAGGCGAAUAUUUCAAAUCUCCGGUCUUCGUAUUAAAUUAUCCCAAAGAAUCAAAACCAUUUUACAUGACUAGAAACCCUGAUGGAAAAACUGUGGCAUGUUUUGAUCUUCUAGUACCAGAUGUUGGAGAAAUAAUUGGAGGGUCGAUGAGAGAACACAAUAUUGAUCUCUUGCUGGAUGAAAUCAAGCAAAGAAAUAUGAAGACUGAUGAUAUUGAAUGGUACUUAUCCUUACGAUCAAGUGGAUCCGUUUCUCAUGGAGGGUUUGGAAUGGGCUUUGAACGACUAUUAUGUUAUUUGGGAUGUGUUGAAAACAUCCGUGAUGUAAUCCCCUUUCCACGAAGCUCCCGUGAUUGUGUCUGUUGA